AUGAGUUCGUCGAUAAGAGAAAACAGUAGCUCAAAACGUAAUGAAAGUACUGACAAAAAGAUAAAAUUGAUAGCAUCAGAAGAAAAGUAUCGCGUUAAACUGCAACAAUUUACAAUUUGUUCGUUGAAAAUUCGAAAGCUAUUGAAAACUGGUCGCUUACCAAAAUAUAUCAAUUUAUCAGCAUAUGAUAAAAACUCUGUAAGAGCAUUGGUAGGAUACAUCCAGAAUGAGAAUCAAAAAAAUAUCACAUUAUCAUUUUAUGCAUUAGCUGAUCUAAUCGAUUUAUCACGAUCAUUACUUAUGCUUGGCUUACUCAAACAACUCGAAAAUAUUCUUGUCAAAAUGGCAUCACAGAAAACAGAUUCACUUCUCCAAGCACUAAUUAUCGUAGGAAGCGAACGCUCAAUUUAUGGUGGUUUAAAUGUUCGUCAAAAAAUUGAAAAAAUUGCAGCAGCAAAAUUUCAUGAUAUUGUGCAACAUAGACUUUUUGGCCAUAUACCACCAAUUAUUUUCGCAAAUAUUAUCGCACGAUGCGAUUUAAACGUCGAAAAAGAGAUUAAUGCGGUGGAUGCUGCAAUUAUAUGGAUUUGGCAACAGGAAAAACCUCUCAUUAAUAGUGCUUUAAUUUUUUCACGUAUCCGUUCGGCAUUUUUGAGCGACGGUGAUCAUAAUUCCAUCCAAGAACGUUUGAAAACUUUACCAAAUGGAGAAAAAAUGAUUCCAUUUAUUAUGACCACAUUAACAAGCACAUUUUGUCGUCGUUGUUGUACUAUCAAAGGACAUAUUGAUAAGGGAUUGGUACGCUGUGGUAUACCCAAACCAUCCAAUGAUACAACGAUUGAUCUUCAUAAACUUCCAUUAUCAGGAAAAUUAUCAGUUAAGAAAUAUAAACGGAAGGAAAACAGUGAACAGUUAAAGAAAAGAGGAAAUUUUGAAAAGCAAAAUUAUCCAAAAGAAAAGGAUGAAAAACGGAAUGCAAAACUGAUCAACAAAAAUGAUGAAUCAUCGAAAUCUAUUGGAUCAACAUUAGCAUCAGAAUCUGAAAAAUCAUCGAAAUCUGAAAAAUCUAAGAUAAACGAAAAAUCAGACAAAAAUAUACUACGUCAUUGCAAAUGUCAUAAGUUAGGAAAGAAUAAUUCAAAACGAUCUAAAAAACUUCGUAAUGCUAUGCGUAAGAAAAUUUACAACGAAAAAACCGGUGAUAAAUGA